GGGGUCUACAAUGUGAAUACGCCUCUGAGCGUAAAAUGAGAGGUCCAAGCAAGAAGCGUCUACGUGAAGACGGCACGGUGCCUCCACCCAAACGUCGUAAGCCUGCUCAAGGUGCCGAAGCAGGCCAGAAUCCCGAUGGGACUCAAGUGCCGGAUCCUUACGUAGGGAUGCAGGAUCCUUCGGUCCCCCCUGGUUAUGUCGUGGAUCACUACGAAGACCCAAGUCAUUUUGGCUUCCAAGCGCCAUACCCUGGACAACCCUACCCCUCCGGUCCUGACGGUCAGCAUCUCGGAUAUUCUGCAAUGCCCCCACCACCCGACGGUCCUCCUGGGCCCAUCGAUAUGAACGGUGCUGCGUAUCCGGGUCAGCCGCAGUACGACCCUGCCGUCUAUGGUCAUCCUCCCACAUAUCCACCUCAAUAUCAGGCGUAUGCGUACCCACCUGAUGGCUCUGUGGCAUUCCAACAAGGACCUGUCUCUCCUGGGCGUGCUGCAGGUCAGGAGCGCCCACCUGAGGCGUCAUCCUCUCAGCCAGCCUCAGCUCCAAACCCAGCUAAUCCUCCUUUCCUCUCCCGUGAAGAUUUCGCCGUGAUAAUGGAUCGAUAUCUCAAUUCCCUUUCACGCAAAAAUCGCGAGAAGGCUCUGCUUACUCAGGCAGUGUACAACGACGUUCUUACUCUUCUUAAGGCUGGAAAGGCUGCAGAGGAGUUUCCAGAUGGGACGACAACAGAGACGGAUGGAAACACUGUCCCUGUCGGUGAUCAACACGUAGAUAUUGACCCCUCACUCGACACGCCACAAUUCCGUUUCUGGGUCCGGAAGAUGUUUGCGCUGCAGCAUAUGAACGAUGUCGAAGUGGUAACUCAUAAUGGAAAACCCGUGGCGGUUCAGGAGCAGUUGUACGAAAUCUUAACCCAUUGUCACAUUCAGACGAAUCAUGGAGGACGUGACAAGACGGCUCAUAUGGUCAAUGAGCAUUAUAGUUGGAUCCCGAAGGUCUUCAUUGAGACGUUCGUAAAGUCGUGCCCUGGUUGUCCGCGCAGGUUCAAGAAAGUGGAGGCGGCUGGUUCCAAAAGUCCCCACACUCUUCAAGUCGAAGCUCCAGUUGUCCCCGAUGAAUCUGCGCCAACAGAACACGUUGAGAUAGCAAAUGCGGAGCCCGUCACACACAUUGAAAGCGGGGAGGUUUUUCAACAAGUCGGCGUCGCCCCGGAAAGCGAGCCUGCCGCACAUCCUACCGUGCAAGUUAAGCAGGAGCGGAAAGGGAAGUCCCGGGCGAAAGCAACUUGAUUUUCUGGAGUCUGUCCUCGUACCUCGCGUCUCGUUCAGCUCGCCCUCGGACUCUUGUUCUUGAGAUGAUCAUGACUGUCUUUCGAUUCUUUCUCAUUAUUGUUAUCUCUUUCCGAUUUGCCUCAGCGGUAUUCGAAAAGUAAUCGAUACAUGCAUAUGAAGUGUAUUAUUCUCGCCUGCAUCUGUGUACUACCUCCUAGAUGACUGCAAUGGUUAUCUUCUUGCCCUGACUCCAUCUGUCGCGGCAGCCAUCAUGACGUA